AUGCAGCCGGCCGCUCGCAAGCUGGCCCUGUUCCCGCAUCUCGCCGAUGCAGACUUUGACCAGGCGUGCAGCGCGAUGCUGCAAAAGUUCCAGCGGCAUGGGCAUCGCCAGAGCGAGUGGGCUGCCGUGGACCGUCUGUGUCAGCAUGAGGCCACGGUUCUGAGAAUCACAAAGGCGCUGCCGCUGCACCCAAGUGAGCCAGAUGCCAGCAGUGAGACCGAGGAGCGGGAGCUCGCCGAGGAUGACGACGAGGUCGCUCAGACCCGGACGUCGCCCGCUGCUGCUGUUCACUACGACGUCGUGCUCUCUGCCUCGUAUCGAGUGCCUGUCUUGUAUUUCACAGUGGUGGACGCGCACCAGCAUCGGUACCCACUCACCGCGGAGACGCUGCACGCUUGUGUGAUGCCGCCAGCAUGCAGGGCGCAAGCUGAACACGGCGGCGUGCUCGGUGGUGUUACCGUGACGGACCAUCCAGCCACGAACCAGCCAGCCUUCUUCGUCCAUCCCUGCCGCACAGCCCAAGUCAUCGAGGCUAGUGCCAGCGGCCGAGACCUGACUGCGUACGGCUAUCUGGUCUUGUGGAUGGGAGCGCUGGGACAGUGUGUGGGCUUGAACGUGCCCAUGGCUCUCGUCACUCAGGACCUCGAGGUCAAACAGGCACCGCUGUAA